AUGGACAAGUGUUUGGUAAUCACUUUUAUAGAUCUAGCUGGUCAUGAGCGCUAUUUGAAAACAACAGUGUUUGGAAUGACUGGCUACGCUCCUGACUUUGCUAUGCUUAUGGUUGGCGCUAAUUCUGGAGUAAUAGGAAUGACGAAGGAGCAUCUCGGCUUAGCGUUGGCACUUGGAGUGCCAGUUUUUGUUGUGAUAGCGAAGAUCGACAUGUGUCCUCCAAAUAUACUUCAGGAGACAACCAACUUGCUUCUUAGGAUACUAAAGUCGCCUGGAUGUCGCAAGAUUCCGGUCAUGGUCACAACUCGGUAUCUGAACUUUGCUUAUUUUCAUUUUGGUAUCUUUUAUACAUGA